UUUCGUCUCCACUCUCCUCCACUCGCGCGUUAGUCAUAUCCUCGUUGCAUCGUCUCCGCCCGCCGCCGCGGUUCAACACUCUCCGGCCAACUUUAACGGGUACGAUUUGCUCUGCCUUGAGGGGCUUGCUCAAGCUCUUCGCGUUUUCAACAAGAAACAGAAGAUACCAUCAUAUAGGCUUGUGGACAUCGGGAGAGAGAAGAUGCUUAAAAUGAAUGUUAAAUCAGAUCAGGUGUGUAUGUAUAUUCCUGGCAACCAAAGUUCGUUUUGUUUUUUUAUUUCCCUUGUUGUUGUUGAUGUUUUUGCCUUUUGCAAACAUCUCAGAUUCUCCCUUAUGUUGUAUGUGCUGCUUUAUAGAUCUUCAGGAUAAGCUACAUCAGAAUAUUUGCAGGUAUAUGUUAGUGUCAGCUUCCAUAAAACUCUGUCUCUGAAUGAAUUCAGCGAUCUUCUCGGAUCUGAGGUUACUAGCACUACUUCCACUUGCUCGUCUAUGUUUUUCCAUGUGAAAUAUAGCUAACCAUAUAUGUCUCGCAGAGGUUUUCAUCUUUGGCACUUUUAGAUAGUGAUGAAUGUCUACACAGAGGUUAUGACAUGGCUACUAUGCUCCCACAAGGAAAACUUUGCAUUGCUAAAUAAAAGAGAUGAUAACUCGGCCGUUCUAGUUGCUAACCCGCGGUCUGCUGAUCUCGAGGUAAUCAGAUCGAGUCUCAUGCCUGGACUCUUGAAGACAGUUGGUUCUAACAAAGACCACCCUAAACCUAUCAAGAUUUUUUAAAUAGGUGAUGUGGCGUUAUUGAAUGAAACAAAAGACUGUAGGUGCAUCCAAUCGUCGCCAUCUCGCUGCACUACAUUGUGGUGCUACUUCUGGAUUUGAGCUUAUACAUGGCCUCGUCGACAGAAUCAUGGAAGUAAUGGGAGUCCCAUCUGUACAAACCGGUGACAAUACACAGGAUACUAUAUAAACCGCUCUCAGGAACCUGAGUUUUUACCUGGUAAACAAGCCAGCAUCAUUUACAAAGGGAAACAUGUUGGUAACUUUGGAAUCGUGCAUCCUCAGGUUUUGAACAACUUUGACAUCAUUGAUCCAUACUCUCUCGUGGAGAUCGACAUGGAAGCUCUCCUUUCUGUAUCUGUGCUCAACUGUUACAGUUAUCGAUUUUGUCUCUGUUCGAGGAUAAAAGAGGAUUAUUCCUACAAACUGUUUAAGCUUCUUCGCUCGGUGGAUUACAAUUUUGCAUGGAGAUAUUCUUUUCGUAUUUUAUUGAUUGAAAAAUGUUGAAAUAUUUCGAGAGAGAUGCUCAACUUUCCAUGUACACACACUACUGACCGAUGGAACAGGUUACACGUCAGUUCAUCGUAUUGCUUGCUUGGAGAAACAGUGUGAAGAGAAGAUGAGCUUUGUCCACGCACUACGCACCCACAAGUGGAGGUUUGGUGAGGUUUAGGUUUGGUUUGUUUACACAUUUUUUAUAUUUCUACUACACCACUGUGUGUGUGUGGGUCAUCUGAUAGAAACAGCAGCUAAUCAUAAAUGCAUCUAGUUACGUGUCGGCGUCUCAUUUGAUCAGAAAGUGCGGCUAUAAAUGGAAGAUAAUUGGAGAGGACAACAAUCAUCCAUGGAAAUGGCGACAAGUUUUCUUUAUCCACCGCCUCCGUCUGUUUUGCUCAAUACUAUGACCGUCGUUGGUUUAGCCGCUCUGCCGGUUAUAGGUCUGUCGGAAGUGAGAGGAAAUAAUCUGAAAUACUCCAAAUUCAACAACAACAACGCAUCAUCAUCAUCACAAAAACAGCGAUUCGGUAGCAUCUCGAGCAGAACCGGAAUGCUUUGUCUAUACACGCCAGCGUUUCUAGCCGCAUCGGCCUCUUUCGUCCUCUCACCUUCUCAAAAUCUCAGAUUCCUUCUUCUCAAAUCCGCACUCUCCAUCCAUUUCUUCAAAAGGAUCUUCGAGGUUCUGUUCAUUCACAAGUACAGUGGAGAGAUGGCCUCAGACGCAGCUUUCACCAUAUCAAGCGGCUAUUUCUCAUCCGCGGCGUUGGUGCUGUACAGCCAAAGCUUCGCCCUGGGACUACCCGAUCCGGGUUUGGAUCUGAAAUUCUAUGGGAUUCUCAUGUUUGUGGUGGGGAUCGUUGGGAAUAUGUAUCACCAUGUUCUGCUAGCUAAGCUGAGGAAAGAAGGUGACGGUGGUGGGAAGAAAGAGUACAAGAUACCAAAAGGUGGUCUGUUUGGUGAAGUCAUAUGUCCUCAUUACAUGUUCGAGAUACUUGUGUUUUGGGGCUUCUUUAUGAUUUCUCAGACCAUUUACUCGCUGUCUUUGGCCAUGUCAACUACUUUCUAUCUUAUGGGUCGGAGUUAUGCUACGAGAAGAUGGUAUCUUUCUAAGUUUGAUGACUUCCCCAAGCGCAUCAAGGCUCUCAUUCCCUUUGUUUUCUAGACAUAUAUUGCGACAACUGGAUACUGUUUUACUGGUUUUGUUACACGAGAGGGAAAAUAAAUCUCCUAUAUAUUAAUUAAAAAACAUUUGAAAAAAAAAUGUAAUCUCAAUUUUGUUUUAAUUAAAAAAUACUUUUUGCUUA